CCUCACGACGGCCGACUCCGCUCCGCCCGCUCCUCGCCCUCAGGCCCGGGGCCCGCCCCGUCCCGCGCCGAAGCUCCGGCCGUUGGGCUUUCGCCGCAGCCGUUACUGCCGUUACCCUAAGCCCCGCCCCCUCCCUCCCUCCCGUCCAAUCCCGACUGCUUCUUCGGGCUGGGGUGUGGUCAUGGGGCCAGGCCCGCUCAAGAAGAGGGCGCGCCCCGUUCUCAGCUCGUGAAGCGGCGUCACUUCCGGCGUGUGCGUCUGGCGGCUGGCCGGCGCAGGAUGGCGGCUCUGAGGAGCUGGCUGUCGCGGAGCGUAGCCUCCCUCUUCAGGUACAGGCAGUGUGUUCCUGUCGUGGCUAACUUUAAGAAGCGCUGCUUCUCAGACUUGAUAAGACCAUGGCACAAAACUGUGGCAGUUGGAUUUGGUGUGACCCUGUGUGCAGUUCCUAUUGCACAGAAAUUGGAGCCUCAUUCUCUUAGUAAUGAUGCAUUAAUGAGGAGGGCUGUGUCUUUGGUAACAGAUAGCACCUCCACCUUUCUUUCUCAGACCACAUAUGCAUUGAUUGAAGCAAUCACUGAAUAUACUAAGGCCGUUUAUACCUUAAUUUCUUUGUACCGACAAUAUACAAGUUUACUUGGGAAAAUGAAUUCACAGGAGGAAGAUGAAGUGUGGCAGGUGAUCAUAGGAGCCAGAGUUGAGAUGACUUCAAAACAACAAGAAUACUUGAAGUUGGAAACCACUUGGCUGACUGCACUUGGUCUUUCAGAGAUGGCGGCAGAAGCUGCAUACCAAACUGGAGCAGAUCAGGCCUCGAUAACUGCCCGGAAUCACAUUCAGUUGGUGAAGUCGCAGGUACAGGAAGUGCGUCAGCUGUCCCAGAAAGCAGAGACCAAGUUGGCAGAAGCACAGACGGAGGAGCUCCGUCAGAAAACACAGGAGGAAGGGGAUGAGAGGGCCGAGCCGGAGCAGGAGGCCUACCUGCGUGAGGAUUGAGUGCCCGGCUGCUGCCCACGUCUGCGGGCUCAGCCUGGGGAAGGCGGGGCCGGCCCAGCCUUCCCUGCACGGAGAGGACACAGCAGGUCCUGCCCUGGCCCAUCAGGCCGGAGGCCGUAGUGAGCUGGGAGCGCCUGCCCCCCCCCCCCCCCCGUGGACCUGGUUCUUAGCCCUGGGGCAGUGCACCCUGUUUAACAUUUGACCCCAGUCUGCACAGCUUCCCAUGCACCCAUCCUUUUACCUCUCACCCAGGGCAUCUCGGCAGCCUGGCCAGAGAGAGGGGUCCUUUUUUGUCAUGCCCAGACAAGUUCAGUAGCUGUUUAACUUCCGUUUCCAGUCUUACAUUUUCAAAUAUGAUUUAGUCUUUGCUCCCCCC